UUUGGCUUGUAAAAUGACUUUGAAACAUAUAUGUGCAGGUGUUUGUAUAGUUGUUAUUAUAUUUUCGGUAGUCAAUAGUUCAAGAGCAGAUAAGGAAGACAUUUCACCAGACAUCGCUCAAAUCCAAGACAGUGUAUCAGCCGUCAAAAGUUUGAUAAACAAAGUGAUUAAAAACUAUAAUCAGUUGGAUAAACUCGCUGUAUCAGAUGUAGAAUCUGAUGAUAACAAUGAUUCUGAGAACAAACAACACAUUGACGAGGGAAAUAAAGGCAGAAUAUUUAGGGCCACAACUGAUAAUCAGAUUCUGAUGUUAAAUCGCAAGCCACCUUUAUUGUUUUCGUUUUCUGGUAAAUUAAAGAAAGGUGCCGCCAGAGAAAUCAAAGAGAUAAAAAGUAUAGAUAUAUCAAAAGAAAAUGAUAACAUUCGUAAUUUAGAAACAGAUUCCAAAGAUACAACGGAUACUCAAAUAAAAUUAAGAAAUGUUGAAGAUGACAAUGAUCAUAAAGACGAACGCUCAUCAGAAGUCAAAGAUUAUCACGACAAAGAAAAUUCUAAUGGAGAACCAUAUUCUAAGCAAAAAGUUUUAAUCGUACACGUAGGAAAAGGAAAAUCACAUCAGCUUAAAAAUCCUACAUCAGCUGCAAGGCAACAAUAUAUUUCUUCAAAUAUACCUAAGAGAGAUUUUACAAAAAAGAUUACAAAAUCGGAAGAAGUGAUUCAAGAUUCUCACUCUGAAGAGGACAAGGCGAUGGAAAGCGAAAUUAAGAAAGCUAACUAUUUACGGCAGGCCUAUGCCGAUGCAUGCCAUCAAGUUGUAGUUCGGAAGUGUUUAAGGACAUUACGGGCUGUGUUAAACGACGUAUGUUCAAGAAGUAGAAAAUGCAGUUCAAAGUAUAAAGAAGACUUUAGAGAAUUCGGCCACGAGGGUUGCAAUAAGCAGUUCGGUAACCAAAAGUCUGCCUGCAGAAUAGGUCUCGAUUUUGAUACAGAUACAGACUCUGAAAAGCAAAUGAGAGCAAGACAUUUUGACUCUAAAAAGCAAGAGAGACCAAAAACAGUUGUAAAAGAGGUUAACUGGAAGAGAUCCAUCAAAAGGAAAAAGACACCUGAACACGCCGAAAUUCACGAAGUGAACAUCCUCCGAGACAGAUUCGAGAAAUUAUGCAAAAAGGCAUCUUUCACAAAAUGUAGAGCGGCGUGCAAACACGCUUCAGUCAAAACUUGUAAGCAGCACGAAUGUGUCAGCGCUAAGGAGAAAGCGUUGAAGAAAUCUUGUAAAACUCGGUGUCAGGACACAUAUGCUUAUAAAGGAGGAUCGGAUGAGAGUAAAGAUGAAUCUUCAUCUGCAUCUACGGUUGACGAAGUGUCGGAAUAGGCUAUGGAGCCUUCCGGCCUGGCCACGGCAUUGCGCGACGGGCUUCGGCUAAAGCGAAAACCAAAGGUGGGAACGAAAGGUCUGAUCUCUGUCAUCUCUGUGUCUCGUUCCAACCUACGGUUGUCGCCUUAGCCGAAGCCAGUCGCGCAAUGUCGUGGCCAGGCCGUUCGCCCUACUGAAUGCGCUUCUGGUGUCAGCACCGGAGUGUGACCUGCUCGCGUGGCGAUUGGCGGAUGUGUAGAAACUGUAGAAUGCUUGAGAUUUUGUGAGAUGACGGAUAAAAGGGAGUCUAGUAUUUUAAAUGUUAAAUCUUAGUUGUACUUAAGUAAUGUAUCGUUUCACAGUGCAUUAGUUAUAAGACUAGCUGUUAGGUAUGCAAAUAAUAA